AUGAUUCAGGACUGUGGUUUUUUGGAGUUUUCCUAUCUUGGGGACUUUUUGUCUUGGAGGGGUUGGCGUGAUAAAAAACCUAUUCGAUGUCGGUUGGAUAGGGCGUUAGGGAAUGAGGACUGGCAUGAUUUGUUCCCGGACACUGUGACGGAGUAUUUACCAAUGAUAGCCUCUGAUCACAAGCCUCUUGUGGUUAGUAUUGGGGCUAAAAGGCCGCGGGGGAAAAGGAGUUUUAUGUUUGACCGCUGCUGGAUUGGUAAGGCGGGACUAAUGGAUGCGAUAGCAUCAGGGUGGGACGGGGACUUGGUCCAGGAUUCAGCUAUGUUUGUCCAUAAAAUUGGGAAUUGUCGAAAGGCAAUUUCUCAGUGGCGUAAAUCACAAGUCCCAUACGGUAGGGAAACCAUUGAGGAUUUAAAGCGACAGUUGGAGGUAGCUCUGGCGGAUGAUUCAAUUCCUCCUUCCACAAUUUCGGAUCUACAGAAUCGCUUACGUCAGCGACGGGCUCGUAAUCGGAUUACUGGUUUGUUUACUAAAGAUGACACCUGGUCAACUAAGGAUGUGGAUAUCUGUAAUACGGCGGUAUCAUAUUUUGAGGACUUGUUUACUUCGACAAACCCGGACAAUUUUGAGGAGGUCCUAAGGGAGGUCAAUACAGUGAUUACAGUCGAGGAUAAUGAGCAGUUGACAAGACCCGCUACGGAGGCUGGUCAACGGCUUAAGAGGGUUUUACCUGGUCUUAUCUCUGAGACUCAAUCGGCUUUCGUUCCAGGUCGGCUGAUCUCAGAUAAUAUUCUUAUUGCUCAAGAGAUGUUUCAUGGCUUACGUACAAAUCCGUCUUGUAAGGGGAAAUUUAUGGCCAUCAAAACAGACAUGAGUAAGGCUUACGAUAGGGUUGAGUGGGAUUUUGUGGCAGCUUUGUUACAGAAGAUGGGUUUUGCAGAGUCAUGGGUUUCAUGGAUAAUGUUUUGUGUCACUUCGGUAGAAUAUAGGGUUCUUAUUAAUGGCCAGCCGAAUGAGGCUUUUAUUGCUAAUAUAUGGAAAGCAGAGAGGGAUAAGCUUAUUACAGGGAUAAAAGUGGCGAAUAAAUGCCCGCCUAUUACGCAUUUGUUGUUUGCUGAUGAUAGUCUUUUUUUUUGUAAGGCGGAUGUAGGACAAUGUCGGGUUAUUUUAGAUAUUCUAAAACAGUACGAGUCUGUUUCGGGUCAACAAAUAAAUUUUUCAAAAUCCUCGGUACAGUUUGGGCACAAGAUUGAUGACCAUAAAAAAACUGAGCUUCAGGAUGUUCUCGGGAUCACAACUCUGGGUGGUAUGGGGUCAUAUUUAGGUCUACCCGAAAGUUUGGGUGGGGCUAAAACUAAGGUAUUCUCUUUUGUUCGUGAGCGGAUUCAAAGUCAGACGAAUGGUUGGACUGCAAAUUUGCUUUCAAAAGGGGGAAGGGAAGUGAUGAUUAAAUCUGUUGCUACUGCUGUUCUGACGUUUGUGAUGUCUUGUUUUAGAUUACCAAAAACAAUUACAUCCAAGCUUACCAGUGCAGUGGCAAAUUUUUGGUGGAGUACUAAUGGUCAGACAGGGGGCAUGCAUUGGCUGGCCUGGGAGAAAAUAUGUGUUAGCAAACAGUUGGGUGGUCUGGGUUUUAGGAAUGUAGAUGAUUUUAAUUCGGCAUUACUGGCCAAGCAACUUUGGCGUCUGAUAGACGUUCCACAGUCUUUGUUUGCCAGGGUUUUUAAGAGUAGGUAUUAUAGGAAUACGCAUCCGAUGGAUCCUAUUAGGUCAUACUCUCCCUCCUAUGGAUGGAGGAGUAUCUGUUCUGCUCGCUCUCUGGUUAAUAAAGGGCUUAUUAAACGGGUUGGCUCAGGGGACACCAUCUCUAUAUGGUCUGAUCCUUGGCUACCAGCUCAAUUCCCGAGACCAGCUUUAAGCAAGGGCCCGUUAAAGGACCCUUCUCUUCAAAUGAAUCAAUUUAUUGAUCGACAAACUAAUUCUUGGUGUGUGGAUAUGCUUAAUGAGCAUUUUGAUCCACUUGAUGUUGCAUUGAUAAGGGCUAUACCUUUGGGUGGUAAUCAAAAGGAUAAUUCUUUCGGUUGGCACUUCACGAAAACUGGGCUGUAUACAGUCAAAUCAGGCUACCACACUGCACGUCAUGACGUGGUUCGGACUUUUGCGGCCACUGGUUAUGGCCCGGAAAUUACCCCUCUACUCGCUAGCGUAUGGAGGGUUCGUUGUCCACCUAAGAUCCAGCAUUUUAUGUGGCAGGUUCUAUCUGGUUGUAUUUUGGUUUCGGUAAAUUUGGGACGACGGGGUAUUGCUUGUGAUUUACGGUGCGUACGAUGUGGUGCGGAUAUGGAGACAAUAAAUCACGCUAUCUUUGUGUGUCCUCCGGCCCGUCAGGUUUGGGCCCUAGCACAUGUGCCGGUGGGUCCUAAUUUCUUUCCGACAGAAUCAGUAUAUGCAAAUGUGGAUCACUUUUUAGGGCAGCAGAAUCCUGGGGCUCAUGUUGCGGCUUUCCCUUGGCUUAUGUGGUUUAUUUGGAAAGCGAGGAAUGCACGUGUUUUUGACAAUAUUGUUGAGCGGCCGGAGGAUAUUGUUAGGGUAGCAGAGGGAGAAGCUGCAGCGUGGCAGCAGGCUCAGCUAGAAGAAGAUCAAGUGACCUAUCCCAUUAUCCCAGGUGCUUCGGAGAUACCAGUUAGGGUGGCUGCUGCUUCCCUUCCUUUGGUCUAUUCGGGAUACCGAUGUUUUAUAGAUGGCUCUUGGAAAGCAGGGGAUUUGUAUGCAGGUGCUGGAUGGUGUUGUACCUCGGUCCAGACAGCGUUGCCGUUUUUGGGAGCCAAGAAUUUUCGGCGAAGUCUCUCUCCAUUACAUACAGAAGUUGAAGCGUUCGUUUGGGCGAUGCGCUGCAUGAUCGGCCAUGACUUCAGAGAGGUGGCUUUCUAUACCGACUGCUCAGAUUUGGUGAAGAUGGUGUCUUCCCCUUCCGACUGGCCAGCGUUCUCGGCGUAUCUUGACGACAUCAAAACCGAUAGGGAGGAAUUCUCUACUUUCUCUUUAUCUUUAAUUCCUAGAAAUGCUAAUGUAAGGGCGGAUUCUUUGGCAUGCUAA